CCUAAAAUUAGAAAUGUCAAAGUUAAUCGUAGACAAUGAUGAAUAAUAAAUAUUACGUACUUGUUUAAAUAUUUUUCCAAAUAAAUUUUUGUAUAUUUUGCAGUUACAAGCAAAAUAUAAAAUAAAUUUAUUCCCAAAUAUUUUUGGGUGUGUUGCGUCCAAUAAUGUCGUUACGUGCAAUUGUAAGUCGAAUAUAUAAACAUGGUACAUUGGCAAUCAGACAUUUCACAACGACAAGAAAUUAUAAUACAGCAACAACAAUUUCGGAUAAAAUCGUAAAAAAAAGUAGUGCUUUGCAAACAUCAGCUACAACAAAAAUUGGUGACAGUCAAACAACAUCGAUUGUCACAAAAUCGUUACCAAAACAAUACGGUUUACGAAAUGUUGGUUUACAAGUGGGACAACAUGCACGGCGAUUAUUUGUUGAUAAUGUUUUAAAUCGUGUUACAAAUUCACUUUCAUCAGAGUUAAAAAAACGUGCCAGACGAAGAUUACUUUUUGGUGAUUCUGGACCAUUUUUUGCAUUAGUUGGUGUAAGUUUAGCCUCUGGUGUGGGCAUAUUAACAAAGGACGAUGAAUUAGAAGGUGUUUGCUGGGAAAUACGAGAAGCAAUAUCAAAACUAAAAUGGAAUGCAGAUGGUGAUUUAGUUGAUGACACCAGAAAAUUAUUGGACAAUGAAGAAAUUACAUUGGCCGAUUUAACAUUAGGCUUUCCAAUUGCAAAAGGUUGUUCAGCUGUGGUUUACGCAGCGAAAUUCAACACAUCCAAUCAAAAUGAUCCCAAAUCAAAUAGCAUGGAAUCAUCGAAUUCCAAAUAUGAUUAUCCAUUUGCGUUAAAAAUGAUGUUUAACUAUGAUAUCCAAUCGAAUGCAUUGGCAAUCUUAAAAGCAAUGUAUCGGGAAACAAUACCGACACAACAUUUUUGUACACGGAAUAAUGAAAUUCAUUGGGAUCAAAGUUUGAAUUUAGACCGUAAGCCAAUAUUACCAUCACAUCCGAAUAUCGUUCAAAUGUAUUCGGUGUUUGCUGAUUAUGUACCAAAUUUACACGAUUCCUUUAAAUUAUAUCCGGAUGCGUUACCAACACGAAUUAAUCCAGAUGGUUAUGGCCGUAACAUGUCAUUAUUUCUUUUAAUGAAAAGGUAUGAUUCGAGUUUAAAUGAAUAUCUAAAAUCGAAUGAAAUAGAUAUUCGAAUGUCAAUAUUAUUAUUGACCCAACUGUUGGAAGGUGUUGCUCAUAUAAAUUUAUAUGGUAUUGCACACAGAGACCUCAAAUCUGAUAACAUAGUUGUGGAUAUGAAUGAUGAUGAUACAACGCCAAUUCUUGCGAUUACAGAUUUCGGUUGUUGUUUAGCAGAUAAUGUCCACGGUUUACAGUUACCAUACAAUUCUAAUGAAAUUGACAAAGGUGGAAAUGUUGCAUUAAUGGCUCCAGAAGUAAUAUCACAACAACCAGGCAUGUUUAGUGUGAUUAAUUAUGAAAAAUCUGAUUUAUGGGCUGCAGCCACAAUUGCAUAUGAAAUAUUUGGUGUGGAAAAUCCAUUCUAUUCAUGUCGAUCCGAUGAAAAUAAAUUGAAAUUAAAGAGCUCCGAUUAUAAUGAAGAUGAUUUACCGCCAUUACCUGAAACAGUACCAUUAAUUAUACGUAAUUUGAUUAAGGACAUGCUGAUACGAAAUCCAUCCAAGAGAUUAUCAGCGGAAGUUGCUGCAAAUAUUUGUGAAUUAUAUUUAUGGGCACCAAGCAGUUGGUUUAAACAGGGUAGUUUUAAAAUGCCUUCGAGUACAGAAAUUCUACAAUGGCUGUUAUGUUUAACAACAAAAGUGAUGUGUGAAAGUCGUUUAACAAAUGCAAAAUUCAAUUGUGAAUUAUUUGAACCUGUGAUAGUUAAUAAUUAUGGCGGUCGACGUACUUAUCCAGAAUAUUUACUCAUCUCGAGUUUCUUAGGUCGUGUACGACUUAGUGAAAUUCGUGCUGCAUUAUAUUGGAUUCAUGAUCAUAUGUAAAGGAAAAAUGUGCAAAGGUCAAUGCUUUGCAUCCGUCCAUAUAUAUAUAAAAGACGGAAAGGUUUAAUAAAUCAACGAGUUAAGAGCCUAACCCCAUGAAACACCCUCCUCCCGUUCCCCGUAUUUUAUUAAUCUUUCAUAUUCUAUUUUUGAUAAGGUUUAAAUCUAUUCGUAUAAUUAUUAAUUUGGGAUUUAUU